CUUUGUUCUGUUUGUUUCGGUUCAAGUCGGUUAAAAUUCGCUCCGUCCAAAAAAACCGGGCAUAACUCAAAAAGAUGUGCGACCCAAAACAGUAAUUGCCCUGCUGCUUAUUCUCUUCCAUCACCAAGAUGAUCGAACUUCACAGAAGCCAUUGAAACUCCAAGCCAACGCUUCAAAGACGCUAUGAAAACUUCUAGUCGCCAUAAAAUAGUUGCUUAAUUUGGGUUGAACUUCAGUCGUCUUUCUUCCUCUCUUUUUCAGACAAAAAGAACUUCAAUUUUGAAUUUAACAAAAGUUACACCCCCAAAUAAUGGGGAUUAUCGAAGAUGGAACUGCAACAGGGCGUUUGCCAAGUGACAAGUUAUUUGCAGUCCAUUACCCUGCAUAUCCUUCAUCAAUGUCGCGUGCUGUUGAAACCCUUGGUGGAAUUGAUGCAAUUGCCAAGGUUCACAGCUCCAAGUUAAACAGAUUGGAGUUUCGCUUUCGGCCUGAAGAUCCAUGUUCGCAUCCCGCUUUUGGUCAAGUUCAUUCUUGUAAUAAUUUGCUGUUAAGAAUAUCUAAGAGUAGUGAUAGCAACCAAUCCAAGGAUUCUGGUUCUGUAAAUUCUGAUGUACUCUGUGCUGAUAUUGUUGCUCGAGUUCCCGAAGCUUAUACUUUUAAUGGGAUGGUAGAUUAUCAGCAUGUUCUUCCUGUUCACGCUGAUGUUGCACGGAGGAAAGAGAAAAGGUGUUCUGAAGCAAAGGGACCAUUUGAAAAGGGAGAUCUUGGUGAUGCGGAUGAUGAAAAUUUGAUGAUGCUGGUACCCCCACUAUUUUCACUAAAAGAUACUCCCGAAAAUUUAGUGUUGAGGCCGUCAAUUACAUUGAGUUCCAAAAAGAAACAGGAGGGAGUUGUGCAGCAUCGAUGGGAGAUGGAGAUUGAACCAUGUCUAGCAAUUGAUUUCAAUAUCAAAGAGAUUCCAAAAAGGGUGAAUUGGGAGGAAUACAUUGCACGAGAAUCAGAUCAAUGGAAAUGGCAGUUUGUUGUGUCUAACUUGUUUGAUGAAAAACCCAUAUGGCCAAGAAGCUCUGUCCAUGAACGCUUGUGUAAGGAGGGUCUUAAAUUUGGAGACCAUAUGCUUAAGAGGCUUCUUUUUCGAAGUGCAUACUACUUUGGGAGUGGACCGUUUCAUAGGUUCUGGAUCAGAAAAGGUUAUGAUCCUCGCAAUGAUCCUGAAUCUCGCAUAUAUCAAAGAAUUGAUUUUAGGGUCCCCCCAGCUUUGAGAGGGUAUUGUGAUGCUGCUAGUGGAAAGAAGCAUAACUGGGAGGAUUUGUGCGAAUUUCGGGUUUUUCCUUACAAAUGCCAGACAUAUCUUCAACUUUCUGAACUUGCCGAUGAUUACAUUCAAAAAGAGAUACAAAAACCUCCAAACCACACUAUUUGCACUUGUUCAACAGGAUGGUUCACAUCAUAUGCUCUCGAUAGUUUAAGAUUACGUGUUGCAGUGAGGUUUAUAUCAGUGUAUCCUGAAGAAGGUGCUGGAAAUUUGCUAAAAGCUGUUUCUGAAAGAUUUGAGAAAUCGAAAAAGAUGCGCUUCCAAGUGAACAGUCUCAAGCCUGGGGAAGAGGGGGAAUCACAAGUUAAUCAAGAGCUAACUGGAGAUGAAGAUAAAGCAGAUGAUGAUGACGACGAUGAUGAAGAGAAUGAAGUUGAUGAUGAAGAGGAAAUGGACAUAGAUGACACUGCUUAUCUGGACGGAGAGGAUGCCGAUUUCACACUGCAGUCUGAGCCCUGCACAGAGAGCAUUUCGAGAAACUACUUGCAAGAACUGUUUGAAAGCUUUCCAUCUACAGGAGCUUCUGAUCAGUUGCAUGGUGCAGAUGUCGGGGAAUAUCAGAUAUAUGAACAAGAUAGUGAUGGCAACUAUUCAGAUGAUAAUUAUUAGUAAGUCUUGAGUGUUUCUAACAAAGGUUGUAUCUGCAAGUCUGCAACUUUAUUCUUAUUUCCAAUUUUCAACUUUUGGCCUAGGAUUCACAUUUUAUGCAGCUGUUAAUGUCAAUUCAGGGAGAGAACUAAAGACAGCCGUAGAAAGUGUUGUGAAGGUCAGCCUUCCCAAUUGAAGGUUUUUGAUUUUAGGACAAAUAGUUUCUUUCAAGUAUUUCUACCUGUUUCACCAAUCCACUGUCAUCCUUUUUUUUCCCUCUUCUCUUUUUCUUUUUCCUUUUGAUGAAAUGUAUUCUCUCUUUCAACAGUUGAAGAAUAAUAAUAAAACUAGUUACAUUGAUCACUGA